AAGAAAUGUUGAAAUAACAUCGGUUUGGUCGAUUAGCGGUUAGAGUUUCGAGACACAAAACUGCAAUACUACCUCUAAAUUCAAGUUAACUACCAAAACAUGUCUGAUACUGCCAACCGAGACAAUCAACGUGCGUUGACCAAAACGCGGGGAUUGGUGCUUGACAAAUGGUUUGAAAUUAAUUUUUGCCGGUUUAUGAGAGGAUUGGCUCCAAUAUCCCCAACUCUUUCUGACAUGCCUACUGAAAUCCUCAAUCAAGUAUUUGAAAAAUUGGAGCCAAAGGAUCGACUGGCUUGUCGUAAAGUGUGUUCAAGUUUGAGAACCGCAGUUGUCAAGUUUGGUAUGCAUUUUGACAAGGUCAUGGUUGCCAUUAUCGAAACAAUGGUUUUUUUGAGUUUGGGAGAAGAAGUUAUUUUAUAUUCCGAAGAAAAUAAUGAUGCGGUUGUUGUUGGUAGAAAGAAAAAAAGCACAUUUGAAGGGAAAACUUAUUUAGAAAUUGCAAUAAAAGAUUUGGAGACUGUAAUGAAUCAUGUAUCAACAUUGUUUUUAACUAUUGACGCAGAUGCCCAACAAGGAUUCAUUACAACUUUUCGAAAAACUCUGAAAGAAAGCAAAUGUGUGAAUGUAAGAAUGUUAUAUCUUGUUGGUUUUUCAUUUGAUGGUAUUUUAUCGAUACUUCCGAUUUUCAUUUGUCAAGUGCUAAACAAUAUUACAUUGUUCAAAACUACUGCAGUGAAUCGAUUUGAACGAAUCGAAGAGUUGGAUCAAUGGAAAAAUGCAAAAGAAUGCAUAAUACUGAGUACAUCACCUCUCAGUAAUCAAAUAGAGCAGUUGUUUCAUCUUCGUGAAUUCCAAAUCUGCAUUUCUCAUUUGCCAAUUCAACAUGCAAUCAAAAUAAAAGAUGCUAGUUGAAAAAUUGAGCCCAAACCUUUUUGUAUUUGAAUUUCGUCGGAAAAUGUGAAUGCCCCCGCUCCUUCCUUCCAAUUAUUCAUUAAUUUCCCAAUUUUGUUGUCCAUAUUUUUGAUUAUCUAUCACUUUUUCAUCACUGUUUUUAAGAUCAACUUGUUACAAUAAAAUAAAUUAAUUCAACAAAAUUAGACAA